AAUUUUUUCGCGGCGUAUGUUCGUCGUCAAAAAUAAAACACAUAUGUGUAUAUGGAAGUGCACACAAUCACGGCAACGGCGAAAAUUUCGUCGGUCGCCGCGAACUCAAUUAGCUUUAUGCUAGAAACACAAUUGGAGCGAACGACGAAUUUUUUCGCGGCGUAUGUUCGUCGUCAAAAAUAAAACACAUAUGUGUAUAUGGAAGUGCACACAAUCACGGCACCGGCGAAAAUUUCGUCGGUCGCCGCGAACUCAAUUAGCUUUAUUUCUAUUUCAUACGCCGGCGACCGGCGAACAAACAGUACAAGGUGGCCAUACUUGUACGAAUUUUAUGUGUUUUAGUAAAUAAAGUUACUUUUUACUUUAAAAUUUGUUAUGGUCACUCUACUAUCUGUUAUUCGUAUAAAAAAACAUAAAUAAUUUGUUUAUUUAUUUGUGUACUUGCGCCUGAGUGAAGAUGGAUAUCAGUGAAUUUAUAAUAGAGAAGAUGGACAUAACUGAAAUUUUAAUAGAGAACGUAAAGAAUUAUGAGUUCUUGUAUAAUUUGGCCUCAAAAGACUACAAGAAUGUUCAAAAAAAAGACGGAAGUAUGGGAGGAAAUUGGCAGCUUGGUCAAUUUGUCGGGUGAAGCUUGCAGGAAACGGUGGAAAGGGCUCCGAGAUACCUACAAGAGGCGCAAAAGAGCAGCUCAGCUUGCUUCCGGAAGUGGCGCACCAAGCCCAUCUAAAAGAUGGAGAUAUAUGGAGUCGCUGGAGUUUUUAGAUGACUACAAAGAUGCACGAACAACAAUUGGAAACAUUGAUAACAUAGACAAUGAUUUGCCAAGCAUUCUUGAUUGCUCGUCGUCUUCUGUCAACGAUUUUCUGCUAACUGACGAAAGCAGCAGCCAAGCAAACGAACCUCCGCCGAAGUACACCAAGAAGCACGCGGACGCAGAAAUAACUACGGUCUUCAAGCAGGUUAUGCAGGAGUGUGCAAAUUCUGUAAGAGAAAUUGCUUCAGGGAGUGAAAUUAGCCGCAACUCAACCUUGUUGCUUUUCGAAAGCUUGGCCCAAAAACUAAUUGAGUCGAAUUUACCACAGGUCACAAUGUCAGAAAUCGAGGCUAAGGUCGUGAGCUUAGUUUACAAGGAAAUUGCCCAGAACAUACCUUGAUUUUUUUUUAAUUUUAAAUUUCAAUUCUAUGAACUGAAUUUUUUCUUUUUUUGUUUUUUAAGUUUUUUUUUUAAUUAUGACUGAAAUGACAUUAAAUGUUGCCUUAGUAUAUAGUUUGUAUUAAAUACAUUUGAGUUUUGGUUUUGUUUUAUUA